AUUGUCUUAUCCUAACUCGUUCAUUUUGUUAUGUAUGAAAUAAGAGACCCGCCCAAACUAACAGAUUGCCAUUUUCAACUCCAAUCCAAUUCUCAAGUAGAGAAGAACUAACAUGGCAAACUUGGCUGUGUUGCAUCACCAAACUCAGCCUUCUUUCUCUGUUCUCACUUCUUCUCUAUCUGACUUCAAUGGCACCAGACUCAUCCAAUCCCGUCUUCAGCAGGCACUCUUUGUUAACAUCUACAUUGAACAGUUUAAAAGAAAGGCAUUGCAGCCAAAAGGAACACUUCAUGUAACAGCAACAAGUCAAAAGAAAAUUCUUAUAAUGGGAGGAACAAGAUUCGUUGUUGUAUUUCUGUCUAGACUACUGGUCAAAGAGGGCCAUCAGAUAUUGCAUUCCCAUCUCUUUCAUCAUUAUUGUUUCAAGUAGCUUUUCUUUUCAUGCGACAUUGUCAUUUAAAGGCUGUUAAUAAUCUACCACACGUCAUUCCCAUGGCAGGUGACUUUGUUCACUAGAGGAAAAGCACCCAUUACUGAACAAUUGCCAGGUGAAUCAGACCAGGAUUAUGCUGAGUUUUCUUCCAAGGUAUCUUAAAAUUGUCUUCAAAGGAGACAGAAAGGACUUCGAUUUUUUGAAAUCCAGUCUCUCAACCGAAGGCUUUGAUGUUGUUUAUGAUAUAAAUGGACAAGAGGCUGAUGAAAUUGAACCCAUAUUGGAUGCACUGCCAAAUCUAGGGCAGUACAUAGACUGCCCCUCAGCUGGUGUGUAUCUCAAAUCAGAUUUUCUACCACACAAUGAGAGUGAUGCAGUUGAUCCAAAGAGCAGGCACAAGGGAAAGCCUAAUACAGAGUCCUUACUGGAAUCAAGAGGUGUGAAUUGGACUACUUUAAGGCCAGUGUACAUCUACGGGCCCUUGAACUACAACCCUGUUGAAAAGUGGUUUUUCCACCGCUUGAAAGCAGGCCGCCCUAUUCCCAUACCCAAUUCAAGAAUGCAAAUAACCCAACUUGGUCAUGUGAAGGACUUGGCAAAGGCGUUUCUUGUGGUUCUUGGUAAUGAAAAAGCAAGCAAGCAGGUAUUCAACAUCUCAGGAGAAAAGUAUGUGACUUUUGAUGGCUUAGCAAGGGCAUGUGCAAAGGCUGGUGGGUUUCCGGAGCCUGAACUUGUCCGGUUCAGUCCCAAGGAAUUUGACUUUUGGUAAAAACAAGGCAUUAUUCCA